GCGCCCCACAGUUUCGCACUAUCCAUCAAAGCGUGAUCAUUGAAGUUGACAGCCCAUCUGAACAUCCCAAUUCCGGAAUCCCGCUAUGCAGAACACGCGACUAAGAAACGCUGGACUGUCUUGACAUCUCGCCAACCAGGCUCACAGACUUGAUACGGGAGUGCUCCGGCGCUCUGGGACAGGCAGCGGAGUUCUGCCACUGCAGGCGACAGGAACUUCGGUCUCCUGCGAGAUGUCGAAGCUAUUAUGUGAUGGCUUAAAUACACGCAUCCUUUCCUUCGUCGUCACUAACAGCUCUCAGAAACAAGACAUCCUUUCCUUUCCCCGUACGAUCAAUCACAGCCAAAAUGCCUAGCAGUGACGCCGCCAAAAAAGCUCCUUUCAGCAUCAUCAUCGUCGGUGCUGGCCUCGGAGGUCUUGCGACUGCCGUCGCCCUGCGGAAGAAAGGCCAUGCCGUCCACGUGCUUGAGGGCGCCUCGGAGCUCAAGGAGGUUGGAGCUGGUAUUCAGAUCCCGCCGAAUAGCAGCCGGCUGCUGCAGAGCUGGGGGUUGAAGGAGCAGCUGCUCAAGAAAGUUGUGUGGCCGAAGAACAUCAACAUGAGGCGGUACCAGGAUGGUGAUGUGAUCGGCGUUACGCCACUGGAUCCUAAGAUGACGAAGACUUAUGGAUAUCCCUACUGGCUCAUUCACCGAGCUGACUACCAGCGGAUGCUCCACGAUGCUGCUCUCGCCGAGGGAGCCACAAUAACACUCGGAGCCUACGUCCAGGACGUCGAUCAGGAAAAUGUCACUGUGACGCUCCACGAUGGAACCGUCCUAAAAGCAGACGUAAUUAUCGGAGCCGAUGGUAUCCGCUCCCGCGUCCGCGAGUGCGCCGUCGUCACCGAGGAAACCGUCGAACCCCGGACCACCACCAACUGCGCCUACCGUGCCACCGUCCCCGGAGAGAUCAUGCGCGCCGACCCCGAAGUCCGGCACCUGAUGGAUGAAGCCUCCUCCAACUGCUGGAUUGGUUACCGCCGGCACAUCAUGGCCUACCCCAUCCAGGAGGGUAAGCUGUACAAUCUCGUCAUGUCGCAUCCGGGCAAGGCGGCAGUAGGAAAGUGGAACGAGCCGGGGAACCUCGACGAGAUGAAGGCACAGUACAAAGGAUGGGAUCCGGUUAUCUGCAAGGUUCUCGAGAAGGUCGAGUAUUGUCUUAAGUGGACGCUGGCGGACCUCCCCGUCCUGCCGCGGUGGGUGAGCAAAUCCGGAAGAGUGGUAUUGAUCGGAGAUGCCGCACACGCUAUGGUGCCCUACCUCGCUCAGGGCGCGGGACAAGCAAUCGAAGACGGUGCGUCAUUGGCGGAAUGCAUUUCGCGCGCACGGGAUAGCAGUGACCUCCCCGCGGUUCUUGCCGCCUUCCAGACGAUCCGGAAGCCGCGCUGCGAAAAGAUCCAAAAGGGCUCGAUGGAGAACGGUGACAUCUGGCACAUGCCCGAUGGCCCGGAGCAGCUGGCCCGCGAUGCCGAUAUGAAGAUGGAGAUGGGUGCCACAGAUGAGGAUAGGGUUGCCGCGCAACUUAAGCAGCAGAAGCUGGUCAAGUCAAACCCCAACCGAUGGUCGGAUCCUGAGUUUCAGCCGUGGCUGUUUGGUCACGAUGCUAUCGCUCAUGCCAACACACAACUCGACUUGAUUCUGAAGUUUUGAUGGUGGGGUUAGCCGGGUUGGACCACUGGCGUGUGUGGAUGUAGAUAUGGCUUUGAAUUUCGGGCUGCUUUGCUUCUUUGUGGAUAUUUCAGCAAUUUCAUGAACUCCUGAUCAUUUACGGGAGUGUGUCUAUAUUCCGUAAAACGGUUUCUAUGUUUAUAUCGAUG